GCAGGUUGCUGAGAGAUCCGUUGCCUUGGCUCUCCCUCUAAAAUGUAGGGUGACUAAAGCAGCAGACAUGCGUGGAUGUUCUCGUUAAAAGGAGAGACUGACGCUCCUAUUCCCGCGACAUCAUCAUCCCACACUAGUGGAGCUCCACGGUGUGCGAUGUGAUGAUGCUCAGUCCUGCACAGUAGCAGCUACAGGAGGCGUGCUUGUCCCUGCCACAGGAGCACAGGAGGAGGACUGGAGCAGAGGCCAGCAGCCGUUUACCGGGCACUUAACACAUUGUAAAACAGAGCGCUUUUUGGGGGGUGCUCUGUCCACCCACUCUUCCGAGCAAUGGCAUCCACGGAUCUAGCAAAGGGAGCGCGUUGAAGCUCUGAGUGAUGCAGUCUCUGUUCGGUGGAGGGGAGCUAGGGCUGCUGGGAGGAGGCGGCGACGCAGGGGGCCUGAAAGAGGAUGGCUGUGGCAGUGUGGCGUGGCACUCCUCCACCCUGCCCCCCGACGAUGUCUACUCAGCCUCCCACUUUGCCCUUAUCACCGCCUAUCAGGACAUCAAGACGAGGCUGGGCUGCCUGGAGCGGGAGAACAGCAGUAUCAAGAGGAAGCUCAAGAUCUAUGAGAUCAAGUUCCCUAUGAUCAGCGAGUUUGGGGAGAACACUAACUCCUACUGCUCCUUUGAGAGCAAGGAGACGGCGCUUCUGCACUCAGAAAAUGGCAACCUGCAGCAGAGAGUCAACGUCCUGACCCACGAGCUCCAGAAGAGAAAGGAGAGAGAGGAGCAGCUGGAGGAUGUAAUCCAGGCCUACGAGAAGAUUCACAUGGAGAAGAACAACCUCCAGAGGGAUCUCGACAAGAUGACUAACCUGGUGGAGAAGCAUGUUGAGCGUAUCCUGGGCCUGGAGUCGGCUCUGAGGCAGAGGGACAACUCCCUGCAGAAACUCAACAUGCAGCUGCACAGCAAAGACAUGCAGUACCUGCAGCUGCACGCUGGCCCAGACACACACAUGCUGGAUUGUCCAGCCUUGACCCUUCAGAGCUCCCGCAGCCUGGACACCCUGUCCGACCUGAAGCUGCAGCGUCUGGAGGCGGAGCUUGAGGGGGCACGGCACGAAGCCCAGGGGGCGUGUCAGCGAGAAGAAGAGCUGAAGGGGGAGUGUGAGAGACUGAAGGAGGACAUGAGGAUGCUGCAGAACAGCCAGAGGGACAGGGAAAUGACUUCUCCGUGCAAGCAGUGUGAUGUGGAGUGGAUAAAGAAGGUGGGAGAUGAGCAGGUGAAUUUGGCUCUGGCCUACACAGAGUUAACAGAGGAGCUGGGACGCCUCCAAGCACUGAGCUCCAAGCAGACGGAGAUCCUGAGGAAAGCCUCGCAGGAGCAGGCUAGUCCAGUCCAGCGUCACUCUCCCAUCCACCACCAGCGCCACUCUCCAGUCUCUCAGCGCCACUCACCUAUCUCACAGCGCCAUUCUCCAGUCCCACCUCUGCCACACCACUCCCCAAUCCAACAGAGACGCUCCCCGGUGCUGCAGCGCCUCUCCCCAGACAUGCACCGCCGCUCACCCCUGCUGGACGUCAAUAACGGACCGGCCUCUUACUCCUGCCGCCCACCCAGUCACCACCUGAGGGCUAGCUUCCAGGGCCGUCGCAGUUACUCUGAGGUUGCCGACCCCUCCGCUUACCAGUGCCCAACCCGCUUCUCACUGGACCCUGUCUCCACCCUACCUAAGCCCCGGCCCUACAUUGAGGGCUACCCAAAACAGCAGUCCCAACAUGUGGGCUCACCUCAUGGUGGACUGCAGCACAGAGGAUCCCCAUCCCCCCAUCAAGGUGGUGCAGGAGGGGAUGGGGGUCUCGGAGAGAGCUCAAUGCGCCACUCAAGAGAGAUGCCAUUCCCACUGUCUGAGGUGGCCCACCUCCAUUAUGAGCCCCCUCCUCCAUCCACACCAGCCCCUCAACCCCCACAGUCAUCUGAAGACGAGGAAGAAUGGACCUGCCCGCAUCCCAUCAGCCCACCUCGGACACUGGGCGUGCUCUCUUCUGCAGUGCCCAGUGGCGUCAUGAGAGGCCCAGCAUCCUGCUCAGCCUUUCCCAUCCCUCAGAGGCCUAACACCCUCAGCUGCCACCCGCAGCCCGGGUACAUGUCAGCAGAGCAUGCUCAGUCCUGGCCUUCCAUCAAUCUCUGGAUGGAGACCGAGGAGAGUGACAUGCGGAGCUGCCCUCUCUGCCAGCUGAUAUUCCCUGUCGGUUACCCUGAUGAUGCCCUCAUCAAGCACAUUGACUCCCACCUGGAGAACAGCAAGAUCUGAUUGCCAUGGCAACCAGCCCUGCACACAUCUGCGCUCUCCUCUUAUAGAUUAUGUAAGAGACUGGCAGACCCAGCCAAAGGGAAAGUCAAACGUAGAAUCACAGGCGAUCCAUGAACAAGUCAGCUAUGUGUGAUAAGCUAUAGAUAGGGAUGCAAAAUGGGCGCAGUGGCCUGUUAUAUUUGGGAAGUAUUUAAACAUGGGUCUGUCUUGGACUUGUCCACAUGCAGAGCCCUUUACAGAUCGCCCUUAAGACAGCUCUGCCUGUAUAAUCCCUGACUCUGGUUGCUGCUGUUUUUGUUAUGAGUCUUGUUGUGUGGUUUCAGACAGUUUCAGGUGUUGUGUCGUUGUUCGCUUCACAGUGUAGUACACUUUGAUUUAGCAAAGUAAGCCAAAGACGAGGUAUGAGAGGCAGGCUGAAAGGUUCAGGCGCUCUGCAUGUAAAAAAGUUAGUUUCAGUGUUUAUCGGUAAAUGAUCAGGGAGAUCUGAGGCGUCUUUUAUAAAAACAGACCACUCUCACCACUUAGCUUUAAAUAUUGUACACCUGCUUGGAUUUUCUAUCUCACACACAUACUACAGUAUAUUUUCGCAGAGGAUUCUGUGCAGUAAGUGCCAAGGACAGUUAUUUGGUAGAAGAUGGCUUAUUGAAAUGACAGAUAUACAAAGUCAUAUGGGACGGUGAUUAGUCAUAAGUAGGGAUUUUAAGAUUUUGAUGCUGAGGUAAGAGAGAAUGACACUGUGAAGGAAUUCUGACUGAUAGUCAGUCGAUCAGUGUUUGAUGCCAGUUUGCUUUCACUUCUCUAAAAUGAGGAAGUGUGUUUCCAAGGCAGUUAAGAAAGUAUAAAACAUUCCAGUCUCACAUUUCAUCUACUGACAAACCAACUGACAAGCUGGGGAAUAUGAAUGUGAAAGUAUGUUUGGAUAACCUGAAGACGGUUUUACCCAAAUAGAGUUAUGAUGAUGCCCUGCAGGGCAGGGCACUGAUGUUUUUGUGUCUUCUCUACAAUUGGAGGGACAUUUUUUGUCAGAAUAUACCUUUUAUGCUUGCGGCCUGUUAAAAAAAAUCUGAGUAUCUUAGCACUUUAGCCUAUACAAUGUAUUUGUUUUCAGUCCCCAUAUAUAUUUUCCAUGUAUAAUUUACUAUUUAUAUUGUCAAUCUGUAAGGCAAAAAAAUAUGAAGAUAUAUUUUUGCAAAUGUUAAUGCACCACGUCUCAUGUUGGUGUUUCUCCCAUGUGCUUGCACACUGCUGUAUAUAGAGGAGUCGAAGAUCAAAAUCCCUGGGGAUGGGAUACUUUUCUGUACAAAGACUUUAAAUUAUCGACGGGGAUUCUCAUCGGUCUUCCUAAAGAUCUGACCUUCAAAACAGUUUGAUGUCACGACUGCCCAGACCACCCAACAAAAAACAGAAAGAACACACGGCUGCAUGAGAUCAAGACCUCUGACCUGUCUUGAGGAAAAAGUGGCAGGCUUUUUAGUGUACUGUAUUUCUAUCUCGGAGAUCUGAUACCAGAAACAUCAUCUCCAAUCAGCAAAGUUAUCUCUGCAGGGUUUCAGCAAUGACAAUACUCUUCUUUUGAUACAUGGGUUUCAUUUUUAUCAUGAGUGGAAUCUAAACUCGAGAUCUGCUUGUGGGACUUUCUUUUUGAAAAAAAAGAAAAAAAACAAAGUUACACUGAUGUCAGCUUAUCUGAAGCUUUACGUUACAUGUGCAGUUUCUAAUGUAGGGGAUGUCCCUACACACCCACUCAUGCAUUUAAACUGGUUUGAAAUUACUGAAGAAGUGAAAUGCCGUAGAUUAGAGCACAUAGGACAGUGAUUAAGGCAGCAGGUUGACGUAGGACAUAUCGACCCACCUGAAGUAUUCUUUUGCAACACACUGAAUCCCUACAAGCUCUGCACACCUUUCUCCAGGCUAUGAAUUUCCAACAAAGGUUUAAGGAAAGGAGAAUUUUCCUAUGUGGGUCAAGGAAUAUGACAUUAAAGGAAAACUCGUUUAUUA